AUGGGGUUUCCUUCCUUUGCGGCAUCAAACGCCGUCAUCUACGUCACUUAUGGCGCCUUUUUACUUAUGGGAACUGGCAUUGCUUGGAAGAUGAGAAACCAGUCCAAGGCCGACUUCCUUUCAGGCAACGGAACGCAGACGGCCACAAGUUACACUGAUGGAAUCUUUCAUGAGCAUCUCGCCACUCUUCUCAACUCGUUUGACAACCGGCUGACCAUCAUAACAGCCUUCCCUCUGGCCCUCAACUUCAUCGCUUCCGCUCUCGGUUCUGGUAUUCUCUUCUCGUAUCCUGAGCUGGCCACCAUCUCUGGUGUACAGGGUAUGUUGGUGUAUGCUCUCGCGUCCUCUCUGCCCAUGCUUAUCUUCGGAUACCUUGGUCCCAUCAUCCGACGCCGAUGUCCCGAGGGCUUCGUCCUCACUGAGUGGACUCGACAGCGCUACGGCGUUAUCACCAUGUUGUAUCUGAGUUUUAUGUCGCUAGUGACUUUGUUCUUAUACAUGGUUUCCGAGCUCUCAGCUAUCGGGCAGGUGGUUCAAGCCUUGACUGGUCUUGAUCCCCUUCCGGUCAUGAUUGUCCAGUGUGCUAUCACUACUAUCUACACAUCCCUUGGUGGAUUCAGAAUCUCUUUCAUCACCGAUGUCGUUCAAGGUACCAUGGUCAUUGGCCUUGUUAUCAUCGCUGCCAUCACCAUUGGUGCCAAGACUGAGAUCCAGCGACCUCUUAUCGAUGAGUCCGGUCUUACCAAGCCCAACUUGCUUGGCUGGCAGCUUCUGUACAUUCUACCCGUUGCUGUUCUGACCAAUGACUUCUUCCUCUCUUCCUUCUGGCUGCGAACCUUUGCUUCCAAGACAGACAAGGACCUCCGAAUUGGAACCACCAUUGCCACGAUUGUUAUCCUGUGCGUCCUUACUCUUGUUGGUUCUACUGGUCUCAUUGCUGUUUGGUCGGGAGCCUUGCCUCUCGAGGACAGUGCCGGCUCUGGUUCGGUAGCCUUCUUCAUCCUUCUUGAGACCCUUCCCAGCUGGGUCGUUGGUAUUGUUCUCGUCAUGGUUGUCACUAUGAGCACAGCUGCCUUCGACAGUCUUCAGUCUGCCAUGGUCUCUUCAGGCUCGAACGAUCUCUUCCGCAACAAGCUCAACAUCUGGUACAUCCGUGGCAUUGUGGUACUCGUCAUCAUUCCCGUCAUUGCCAUCGCCCUCAAAGCUCCCUCUGUUCUUCAGAUCUGGCUUAUUACCGAUCUCAUUUCUGCUGCUACCAUCCCAGUCCUGGUCAUCGGGCUUAUCGACAAGUUCUACUGGUGGCGCGGCUUCGAGGUCGUUGUGGGUGGUCUUGGUGGUAUCCUGACCGUCUUCAUCUUCGGUUGUGUUUACUACGGAAACGCUCAGGAGGCAGGGGAGCUUCUCCUUGUGCAGAAAGGACUAUACGGCAAUGACUGGAGUGCUUUUGGUGCUUUCGUUGCCGCACCCGUCGGUAGUCUCCUUUGGGGCUGUGGUGCUCUGGUUCUCCGUAUUGCCUUCCAGUUUGUUUAUGCCAAGGUCCGUGGACAUCGCUUUGACGCCCUGGACCGUCCCCUGAAUCUCCGUCCUGCCAGCAGGGAGGACGAUACUCCUUCUGAGAACCUUGUGUCUCAGACUACGGGCAAGUUUUUCUAA